AUGGGUAAACGUAGGCGGUCACGUAGUCAAUCGAUUACGAGUGGUGAUAGUGAUUAUAAACGUCGUCGUCGUGGUUCGACACGCAGAUCGGAAUUGCGCGAGUCAUUGCACGUAAUAAUGACGCGAUUAGGUGCGUUAGAGAAUAGGUCUACUAUAACGACGGAGUACAAUGCAGAAACGCCUGUCCAGUCUACGCCUGGAUCUACUGAAAAAAUCGUAGAAGCAAUUCAAUCCUUAAAGUGGGGUAGUUCACGUGAUUAUUAUGUUUCGAAUUUCGACCCUAAUGUGCACGAUGUCGAUUGUUGGUUCGCGGAGGUAGAUAGGGCACAGGUUCUUAAUAAGUGGAGCGAUUCCGAGUGUUUAUCGCGUAUUGGAUUUUGCCUAAAGGGUGAUGCCAAAUCAUGGUUGGACGAUUGGGUCACGUCUGAUAGAACAUGGAGUAAUUUUAAAAACGAUUUUAAGUCCCUUUGUGUCCAAAAGAUUGAUGUGGCAAAUAUUUUAUAUGAGGUGAUGAGCACGAAUUCCGAUGGUUAUGCUACGUACGCCGAAUAUGUGCGUCGUUCUUUAUUGCGUUUAAGGGUAGUUCAAGGUUUGAGUGACGAACUUAUUAGUGCUAUAGUUAUACGUGGUAUAUAUAUACUGAUCCUCAUAUUAAAGCCUCUGCUACAAAUCAUAAUUUGA